AUGUUUCAGAAGCCAGUGACAUUUAGGGAUGUGGUGGUGGACUUCACAUGGGAGGAAUGGGGGCUUCUGGGCCCCACACAGAGGAUCCCGUACCAUGAUGUGAUGCUGAGGAACUACAGCAACUUGGGUCCCUGGUCCCUCAGCAAGCACCUGAGGACACACACGGGUGAGAAGCCAUAUGCAUGCAAUGCCUGUGGCCACGCCUUCAGCCAGAGUUCCUCCCUGGCCAAGCACCAGCGAGUGCACACCAGCAAGCGGCCCUACACGUGUGGAGAAUGUGGGAAGACCUUCAGCCAGAGCUCCUACUUGACCCAGCACCUCAAGAUCCAUAGUGAUGAGAAACCGUUUACAUGCGGUGAGUACAGGAAACCCUUCGGCAAUUCUUCAGCCCUGGUCCUGCAGCAACGGGUGCACACGGGUGAGCGGCCCUACACGUGUGGAAAAUGCAGGAGGACUUUCAUCCAGAGCACGUUCCUCACUCAGCACAAGAGGAUCCACACUGGGGAGAAGCCUUUUGUUUGUGGAGACUGUGGAAGGGCCUUUGUGCAGAGCUUCUCCCUCACCCUCCACCUCAGGACACACGCCGGGGAGAAGCCCAACAAGUGCAACGAGUGUGGCAAGGCUUACAUCCAGAUGUCACACCUCACUGAGCACUACCGGGUGCACACGGGGGGAACAGCCCUGUGCGUGCCAUGCAUGCAGCAAAGCCUUCAGCCGCAGCACCAGCGCGUCCACCCGGGUGCCAAGCCCUUCCUUCAUAUGCAGCCUGUGUCAGAAAACCUCCCGUGAGGCUGCGGCCCUUGUUCUGCAUCAGAGGAUUCAUGCCAGACAGGAGCCCUUUGAGUGUCACAAAUGUGGGAAAGCCUUCAGCUAGAGCAGAUCCCUGGCCCAGCAUUGGAGAAUUCAUUCCCAGGGGAUGCCAUGUGAGUGCAGCAACUAUCAAAAAACCCUUGGCAACUGUUUGGUUCUCAUCCAUCAGUAAACUGGGGAUGUGCCAGAUGGGGUAGAGACCUUCUGUCUGUCCUUGGUGUGUUGUUCUUCAUCCAGCAGGGGGCCCUGUGAGUGGCAGGAACUGUGCAGAGCAGCCCCCUUGCACAUCAUAUACACUUCUCUCUGCAGGGUCACACGGUUGGGUGAGAAAGUGGAGUGAGCCUUCAAGAGGAACAACAGCCCCUCCCAUUCUCCAUGUUCCGGGUUCCACAGAUAUCCACCAGGUGGUAGGAGAGAUCCACAGAAAAGCAAAUGUUGCCCUAUGUCCUCAGUAGGACCUCUGUUCCGGUUCCCUGAGUAGGCCUCAGGAGCGCCAAAGUGUGUGAACACAGACCCUCAUGAGAUCUCUUUUCUGAUGACCUCCAUUAUUAUCCUCGGGAUGGAUUGCAGCAGGUCCUUGAAUAUGCUCUGUGGUCGCCUUCCUUGAUCAGAAAGAAACCAAGAUCACAAAUGUUAACUUUGUUGACUUUUCUGAACUGAAAGAAAGAAAUCAAAAGGAUUGAUGAUGUGGAUGGAAUUACUGGCUCAUUUCUUCACCCCUCCUCGUGUACACACCUUUGGCCACAUUUGUGGUUCCUCUCACUAAAGACAGCAUAGAUACCCUUUCCUUAACUUUGGGUGUGGCCACGUGACUCGUUUAGCCAAUGGAAUGUGAGUGGCAUUGCUAGUAUGUUAGUCUUGAGCCUGGGCGCCAUCUCUGCCAUCACCAUGAGCCCUACAAAACAAGUGCAACAAAGAUGGACCCAACCUGUAGCCUGGAGCCAAGCCCCAGCCAGAAUAGCCAAUCCUUAGACUCAUGAGAGGCAUAAGUGCUUAUUUCUGUCAGUAACUGAACUGUUGAAACCAUUCAUUACAGAGGAUAACUGAUUGAUACAGUGCCAAGUUAAAACGAACACUUCCUCAAAGAGAUGAGGUUUGAAAUCUGGGGAGAGGAUGAGAAGGAGACAGAGAGGAAGAGAGGAAAGUCUAUUCAGGAAAGCCCAGAGGCCUAGAACACUGGUUGAAUAAUCAGAGAAUAAGCACAAAAGGGGUCUCCCAAGAUCUGGAGUAUGGAGUUGAAGGGCCAUGGUGCAUAUGGAAGGUAAAUGAGAAUCCAGUUGUCUGUCCAUCUGCCAUUCAGUUUUUCAUUCCUUGUUCUUCAGCAAACUUUUCUUGUGCUGUGCUAAAGGCAAAGAAUACCUUGGCCUCAGGCCGUGGAAAGGGCAGGACUCCUCCCAGCUCUAACAGCACAGACUCACAAUCUGUACAGAGAGGAACACCCUGAGGGAAGCUUCCAUGGAGUUUCCAGGUCACCCCACACCUACUGUCAGUCUGGGCUCGUUCCUCCCUGGCACCUGGGUCUCCUCUAGAUGCUACCCUCUCUCUCCUCUCCUCAGGAGCCUCCCAGAAAGUAUCCCCACAGUCAUACCAAUGCCCCUUUGACCCAUUAUGGAGUGAAGUGUGUCCCCCCCACCCAAAUUCAUAUGUUAAUAUCCUAACCUAAGCCCUAGAAUGUGACUGUAUUUGGAUAUAGGACCUUUAAAGAGGUAAUUAACAUUAAACAAAGUCAUGUGGGUAGGCCCUGUUCCAGUAUGACUGGGAGAGAGAGACCAGGGGCAUGCUAAUGAGGAAAGGCCAUGGUGAGGACACAGCAAGAAAGUGGCCGUCUACUAACCAAGGAGAGAAGACUCAGGAGAAACCAACCCUGCCAACAACACUUUGAUCUUGGACUUCCAGCUUCCAGAGUGUGAGAAAAUAAAAGUUUAUUGUUUAAGUCA